AUGAUAUCAACAAGAAUUCCGUUAGCAUUCAAAAGAACUGUCUUUGGUUAUGCCAGGAGAUCAUAUUCAGAACUAAGCGCAAGCAAACUUAAAAUCAGAAAAGCAGAUACAUUGAAGCCUUUGGUUGCAAAUGAUCAACUAGUUUUUGGGCGUACAUUCACAGAUCAUAUGAUUUCAGUCGACUGGGAGGAGGAAAAGGGCUGGGCUGCUCCAGAAAUUCAUCCUUAUGAGAACUUAAGCUUGCCACCUAGCGCUGUCGUUUUUCAUUAUGCUUCUGAGCUCUUCGAAGGUAUGAAGGCGUACAAGGAUAAGAAUGGUAAAAUACGUCUCUUCAGACCUGAUAUGAAUAUGGCCCGUAUGAAUCGCUCUGCUGCUCGUAUAGCGCUUCCUCAAUUUGAUGGGGACGAGUUAAUAAAGCUUAUGUCGGAAUACUUAAAGAUAGACGAGAAAUGGAUCCCUUCAGAACGAGGUUACUCUCUUUAUCUGCGCCCCACUUUGAUCGGCACAGAUGCAGCAUUGGGUGUUACUCCGCCUGCAAAAGCAAAAUUAUUCGUUAUUGGUUGCUCUGUUGGCCCUUACUACAGAACUGGCUUCAAUGCUGUUCGCUUAUUAGCCACUAGUGAUUAUGUUCGUGCUUGGCCAAAGGGCACCGGUAAUACUAAAUUAGGUCUCAAUUACGCACCAGGUCUAUUACCACAACGUAUUGCUGCUGAAAAAGGUUAUCAGCAAAAUCUUUGGUUGUUCGGUGAUCAUCAUCAAUUGACUGAAAUUGGUACUACGAACUUGUUUAUUUUGCUUAAAAACGAUCAAGGUGAGGUCGAACUUGUUACUCCUCCUUUAGAUGGUUCUAUUUUGCCAGGUGUCACUCGUGACUCCAUCAUCAGUUUGGCUAAGAGUUGGAAUGAAUUCAAAGUAAGUGAACGCGCUAUGACGAUGCCAGAGCUUCGUGAGUUGGUAAAGAAAGGUCGCGUUCUUGAAAUGUUCGGUGCAGGCACUGCUUGUGUUGUUAGCCCUAUUAAAGAAAUCGGAUAUAUGGGUGAGGAUUUGAAGAUUCCACUAGAUCCAAAGAACCCUAAUGCUCAGGCUGGGCCUUACACAACCCGCUUCAAUGAUGCUAUUCUUGCUAUUCAAUAUGGUGAUGUUGAACAUCCUUGGUCCGUUGUCAUUAACUAA